AUGAAAACACUCGACAUCGCCUACUUCCCGCACAUCUUCGACACUAUCCUUGAUUUCGCCGACUUCGAGGCGGCUUGCCGUCUGAGGCUUACAUGCCGCGCAGUGCACAAACUGAUCGAGGAAGAAUGGGGCCACGUGCGGUGGAACGUGUUUUCCGAGGGAGAGGUCGUCCUCAGCAAGAGAGGAAUCCAGAUGCAGACCGACUCGCCCCGUCUGCGCUUCACCAGCGUUCUGGACUUGUACUCCGAGGAGAAGUGGAUGACGUCGGAAGACAUGCUUGAUCAUGACUACCUCCGUCCCCAGGCCAUCCGAUUCGACCCUCACUCACUCUGGUACUACCCCAUGAACAGCCACGCGCGCACUCUCAUCGUCACCAGCGAGCGCGACGUACCGGGUCUCGUCGAUUCAGCAGGUGAGCCCGCCAACGGCUCCAGAAACAUCGUCUACUGGCUGCACCUUGACAGCGACGUUUUCGACUUUGAAACGGUUGGUGACAUCCCGUGGCCCGCGGACAUCUACUUUGUGCUGUCAGGGUGCCCCAACGUGGGCGGUCCCGUUGAGGACCUGUGCCAGAGUAUCAUGUGCCCCAUCGAUGCCUCGGUGAAGUUGGCCAGACACGACGACGUGCACUUCUACUUCGUCGAUGUCCCUUCCUGGUUCGCCAUCGACACAUCGACGGCCAAUGCCGCCUCCCCGUCCCUCCCCGACGACGACCGCUCCCAGGCAUCCCGCCACAAGGCCAGACGCCUUGACCAAGAUCUGACCCAGUUCGAGAGCUUCUACAACUACUUGCUGAACAGCGCCCGGAUCGACGGCGUGGAAGAGUACGAAGGCUGGUGGCCGUCCCACAAGAAUCUCAAGUAUCUCUCCAAGGUGCACAGCAUCACGCGCGAGGAGAUGCGCGAGCGCGUCGGCGACAAGGCGUACAACCUCACUUUUGCCCCGCAGAGCAUCCUCACCUGGCCGGGCGUCUUCAACUUGCCUUCCUCACUUUCUUCCGAUGUUGCAUCCGCACACCCUUCUACGAGCCUUCCCCACUCUUGCCCACAUUUGAUGGCAUUCGGGAUGCCGGUCCUCGACAUGGCAUACUUCCCCCACAUCUUUGACACUAUCUUCAACUUCGCCGAGUUUGAAGCGCUCCUUCGCCUGAAGCUGACCUGCCGUGCCCUCUACCAGCGGAUAGACAGCGAAUGGGGUCAUAUCAAGUGGACCGUCGCAACAGCUCAUGUCCGCCCUGACGCUGCAUACAAUAAGCGGGGUGAACGUAUCCCGACCAACUCCCAGUGCUUGAGGCUCGCGAAAGUGCUCGACCUGAACGACGAAGACGGCUGUUCUCCUUCAACUAUGGUCCCGGAUUACCUUCGGCCGGAGAUCAUAAGAGUGCUCGGCACAGGAGACUACCUUAUGUUCCCUCAUGCCAAGACGCUCAUCCUUUUCGACCUCAUAGAGGCGACUUUGUUGGCUACGUACCUUAGCUAUUCGACGCACGGCCACCUCGACUUCAUCUAUCGACUGGCUCUUCCUCCCUCUACGCCCGGCGCGGAGAUGCAAGAUGCCUUCGACGUAAUUGGACGCUUCAAGUGGAGUGGCGACAUCUAUUAUCUGCUCUCAGACAUCGACCCCAGCCCAGACUGCUUGACCAUCGAGAUGCUGUGUCGUUGCACAAUGGCAACGCUGGUAAGUGACGAGAGCGGCGCAGACGAUAUGGUCAACUUCUACUUCGUCGACGUCCCUUCUUGGUUCGACGCCUCCCACACAACCCUGCCCUCCGAUGACCCCGAACGCCUCGACAAUGUCAUGGCCAGCUUCGACACGUUCUACGGCUACCUCCUGAAGUGCGCCAAGCCUGAGCAGGUCCCACCUUAUGACCAAGAUGAUGAUGCCGCCGACGACUGGUGGCCCUCGCCCAAAAUGCGUAAAUGCCUCUCCCAGAUCCACAGCAUCACGCGCGAGGAGAUGCGCGAGCGAGUCGGCGACAAGGCGUACGAACUUACUUUCGCUCCGCAGGAGAUCUGCGCGCCGACGAGCCUCCGCGCCGACGCCCCGUGA